AAAAAAAACUUAGGUUUCCAGAUUUAAAGAACUGCAAAUGCCUUCCAUCUUCUGGUUUCAUAGUAAACAAUAAAUGCAAAUAGAAGAAAUUCCUACGUGGCACAGUUAAAAUUGAAAACGUGGAUGGUUGAUCCUUAUAUUAAUAUAAAAUGGCUUAGAUGUAUUUCUAAGUAGGCCAUGCUGAAAGUUAAAUUCUGUAGGACCGAAGUGUGUUUUGGCAAAGAACCGAAAAAUACAGGUUUCCACUUCGAAGACCAAGCAAGGGGCACUCAAAUAUUCGGGAAGUGUAUCUUGUUUUGUGUAGUCGAUUGGUUUUAUUCGGGAACCAGUAAUAUUGAGGCUAUGAGCAGUGAAGAAAGGCACAUUAACUAAUGUAUGGAGAAUGUGCAUUUAAUCUUUAAGGGCAGAGUAUUUCAGACUUUUGACAAUUACACGUCACAAUUUCCAUCUCCAGAAAUCCAGGGGCCGUUAUAUUUGGUGCCCCAUACCGAUGGUUUUCGGACAAUCCAACACAUAAUUUCUGUAUCACUGGUGAGGGAAAACGACACGGCUUGUCUUGAUCUGAAAAAAAAAAACUGAUGGGAAUAGAACCAUAACAGCAAGAAAGAAAACGAAUUAACACAAAGAAAGAAAAGACACAAAGUUGCCUUUGCUCCGCACAGUGAUUUCUAGCUUAGCCCAGACACUGCGGCUCUGGUGUGUGAAGUGGGAGCUCCGUGAUUACACAUGGAACACGAUUAGCGGUGGGAAAGUUGAUUAGAAAUGGAGUUUAUAGUUUCGGUUGAAUGGACUGAGUGAAACCCUCUGACUGUCACACACCUCUCAUUAACUCCCUCCCUUGCUCUCCCAGAGUGCAUACCACAGCUCAGAAGGGGUUCAUUUCAUUAAUAAAACUCUAUGCGCAGGGCUGCUGCCGCCUUCCACGGUGGAGCCGAGAAACACAAGGGCUCUCUCUCACAUAUUCACGCUCUCCGGCAACUAAUCAAAAAUGAAGAAGAGCAAAUAAACACAGGAGCGGAUGGGCUGCGUCUGGGGGGAGAUGCCGAGCAGGCAAGCAGCACGAGGGGCCGUCAGCUGGGCCAGCCAGCCACUCAGAUCCUGUAGAGUGCAGAGUACAGCCCAGGGUUUUCAUUCAGAAAGGCCGAAUUCCCGAGGCAGCCCCGCGGGUGGGGCACACCGACCUGCGUGUGUGUGGAAGUCCCAGCAGGCAGGAGAGACAGCGCGCUGCAGCGUCCAGUUUCUUACAGGAUUUUCUGUCGUUGGAAGUUCAUAAAGCCACGAAGAAAGGAAAAGGGUUCUGCUUACCGCUGUCGUGGAAGAUGGGAAGCAAGGCUCUUCCAGCACCGAUCCCGCUCCACCCUUCACUGCAGCUCACUAACUACUCCUUUCUCCAGGCAGUGAACACUUUCCCAGCAGCCGUCGACCACCUGCAAGGUCUCUAUGGACUCAGCGCGGUGCAGACCAUGCAUAUGAACCAUUGGACAUUGGGGUAUCCCAAUGUGCAUGAAAUUACCAGGUCUACCAUCACGGAGAUGGCUGCAGCUCAGGGCCUGAUGGAUGCCAGAUUUUCUUUCCCAACGCUACCUUUCGCCACACACCUCUUUCAUCCAAAGCAAGGGGCCAUCGCCCAUGUCAUCCCAGCGUUACACAAAGACAGACCCAGGUUUGAUUUUGCCAAUCUGGCUGUGGCCGCCACGCAGGAGGACCCACCAAAGAUCGCAGAUCUGGCCAAGCUAAGUCCAGGACUUGGAAAUCCCAUCUCAGGGAUCAGCAAACUGUCUCCGGACAGAAAGCCCUCCAGGGGCAGGUUACCUUCCAAAACGAAAAAAGAGUUUAUCUGCAAGUUCUGCGGCAGACACUUUACCAAAUCCUACAACCUGCUUAUCCACGAAAGAACCCACACGGACGAGCGGCCCUAUACCUGUGACAUCUGCCACAAGGCUUUCCGGAGACAGGACCACCUCCGAGACCACAGAUAUAUCCAUUCCAAAGAAAAACCUUUCAAAUGUCAGGAAUGUGGGAAAGGAUUCUGCCAAUCCAGAACUCUAGCAGUUCAUAAAACUUUACAUAUGCAGGAAUCUCCACACAAAUGCCCCACAUGUGGAAGAACAUUUAAUCAAAGAAGUAAUCUGAAAACUCACCUUCUUACCCAUACAGACAUCAAGCCCUACAACUGUGAGCAGUGCGGCAAAGUGUUCAGGCGAAACUGUGAUCUGCGGCGGCACAGUCUAACUCACACCCCGCGGCAGGACUUCUAGAGCAGCCAAGGACCUGCACCUGCCUCUGCAGCUCCAAGUUGCUAAUUUUGCUCAAGGACUUAAUUGUAGAAAGCUACAUACACGCACACUGGGGUCGAGCCUGCAUAUCAUACUCCAGCAAAACUCCCUUAGGUAGUUGUGAACUGCAGGAUCGGGCCCCAAUCUUACCCACACGAAGAGCAUAUGCUAGUGUCCUGUAGAUAUUCGCAGCUCAUUUUAGAGCUAUGUACAGAAUGUGGUUUGUUGUCGGUUUUUUGUAUUGUUCUGUUGGAUGCACAUUGAUAACAAAUCUGGGAGUCAAAAUAUCUUUUAGAAGUGUAUUUCAAAAUAAUUCUUCCUCUCUUCCCCUCCCCCAUAUCUCCAGCUCUGUCCUAUUACUUUCCUACACGUUUUGUUUUACUGCUGUGUCAGCUGCAAUAGUAACUUAUAUUGAAUAAAUUUCCCCCUCUGGGAACGUAUUGUCACACGUUUCUGAAGUGUUCUUGUUUUCGCUUUUAUGACUGCUGCUUUUGUGUUAUCUAUUGUAAAAUAAAAUGGAAGUGCCCGUAUUUACAACUUCACUGCUUAAUGGCUUGAAUAUCUCUUGUAUUUUUUUUAACUGAAUGAACAACUUUUUUAAAAAGAAAUAGCUGCAAAUAAAGAGUGCCUGGGAAAUAAUGUAUACGACGAUCCGUAAACCA